UCAAGUCCCACAGCUGGUUUGGAAAAUGGUUUGAAGCUGUUAGAUAGUUCACUAGCUUGAUGUUAUCAGUCGUCCGUUCAUGUUGAUGUUCACUUGAAUCUCUUUCUCCCGAUCUGUAGCCGACCUUGUUCAUUUUUUGAAGUUUCUUAAUUGUUGUACAGCAACCUUCAUUUCAUCUAUCUUUUUUGUCCUCUUUACAAAACCUCAGGUUUAACAACACCAUAGAUCAAAAGCCUCGCAAUAUUUUUACAGCACAUUGUCUCAGUUUCCCACCAGGUCUUUGCCCUAUUGGUGGUGCUGAGAGAUUGUAGGCAGAGAACGCUACUAAGAAGAUUUGGGGUAGAAGUCAAUAUUCCAAAAAAACUCAUUAAAAUAGAGACCAUAAUCCCAUGUGAUCCCAACACCGCAUGACAUUUGCAUCAGCUCAUCAAGGGGACACUAAUGCACAUUCAUGCUUAUAUAAAGAAACUCGGAAACUAGUCUCAUCAUUCCUCAACAACACCCAAAGAGACUUGAACAAAGCAGCAUGAAGCUUUCAAACUCUCCAUUUUUUUCCCUGUUUCUUUUUAUAUUGUUUUCAUCUUCAUCGGCAGAACCACCAUCUCCAAAACAAAACAGUUUUCUCCAAUGCCUCUCAUAUCAUUCUAACGCUUCUAUUCCAUUCUCUAGUACCUUUUUCACUCCAAACAGUUCUGCAUUCACUACCGUCCUAAAUUCAACUGCACAAAACCUCAGGUACUUGGUCCCUUCAAAGCCAAAGCCAGAGUUCAUUUUCACACCAACGCAUGAUUCCCAAGUUCAAAAUACUGUUAUUUGUUCAAAACAGCUUGGGAUACAUCUCAGGGUCCGAAGUGGAGGGCAUGAUUAUGAAGGUCUCUCGUAUGUGUCCAAAAUUGAGACACCUUUCAUUGUUGUAGACCUUGCCAAGCUUCGAUCAGUUAAUGUUGAUAUCCAAGCCAAUAAUGCAUGGAUUCAAGCUGGAGCCACUAUUGGUGAAGUUUACUACAGAAUUGCAGAGAAAAGCAGAACCCACGGCUUCCCAGCUGGUCUUUGCACAAGUUUAGGGGUGGGCGGCCAUAUAACUGGAGGUGCAUAUGGUACUAUGAUGAGGAAAUAUGGCCUUGCAGCUGAUAACGUCCUGGAUGCCCGAAUAGUUGAUGUCAACGGCAGAAUUCUUGACCGAAAGACCAUGGGAGAAGACCUGUUUUGGGCAAUCAGAGGUGGUGGAGGAGCAAGCUUUGGAAUCAUCCUGUGGUGGAAGAUAAAGUUGGUUCCCGUUCCAUCAACUGUGACGGUUUUUACAGUUUCCAAGACAUUGGAACAGGGUGCCACAAAGCUCCUCCAUAGAUGGCAACAAGUAGCUGCUACUAAGCUCGACAAAGAUCUCAACAUUAGAGUUAUGAUACAACCAACAGUAGCUGACAGCAAAAGUGGCAAGAGAACUGUCACAACUCUUUACCAAGGUCAAUUCCUUGGAGGUGUUAAAAGGCUCCUCAAUGUUAUGCAAACAGGGUUCCCCGAACUGAAUUUGACAAGAAAAGAUUGUACACAAACGAGUUGGCUCAAGUCUGUGAUGUACAUAGCAGGUUACGCAACUGGAACUCCGCCCGAGGUUUUGCUACAAGGAAAAUCCAUAUCCAAGAUCUACUUCAAAGCCAAAUCAGACUUUGUCAAAGACCCGAUUCCUGAAACUGGGCUUGAGGGGCUUUGGAAAAGGUUGUUGGAAGAAACCACUCCUGUGAUUAUUUGGAAUCCAUAUGGGGGAGUGAUGAGCGAAAUUUCCGAGUCAGCAAUACCCUUCCCGCACAGAAAUGUUCUCUUCAAAAUUCAGUACAUCACUGUAUGGCUAGCUGAAGAUGAAAACGAGGCAAAGCACAUAGAUUGGAUUAGGAAGCUCUACAGCUACAUGGCUCCUUAUGUUACAAAGUCCCCAAGGCAAGCAUAUGUGAAUUAUAGGGAUCUUGAUUUGGGGAUAAACAAUAAAAAGAACACUAGCAUCACUGAAGCAAGUGCUUGGGGUAACAGGUAUUUCAAGAACAACUUUGACAGAUUGAUAAAGACUAAAACCAAAGUUGAUCCUCACAACUUCUUCAGGCACGAACAGAGCAUCCCACCUCUUGCGCUCUAGGCAAGAACAACCAGGAACUAGUUAUGAUGGUAACAGUAAGUCAGCUAAGACUGUUGAGGUUUUUUUUUUUUUUUUUUUUUUUUUUUUUUUUUUUCCACUUUCUUAAAUAAAAUCUCUUUGCCAAGAUAACAAGAGAGUAGCCAAAACAUGGGGUGAAUAGAGACCAACUACUCACCGAACGGAAGGCCUUAGCAUCUAAUUUUCGGCUAGUCUUGAAAUUUUGUUCAAAAGACUGUUAUUUCAAGAGUAAACUUUUGCUAGUUUUGAGAAACCUCAAGGCCUUGAUUGGUUUUCAAAGUGCGUACUCUGGUACAGAGAUCAUAGAUGUUUCGCACUUUCACCAAACUUAUAUGAAUGGAAAAUAAUUCUCAAAUAAUGUAGAAUAUUCUGUAAAUAUUUACUUUCCUUGCAGGUGUAGAUUACGUUUUCUGUAUAAUUGUAGGAGAUGUUUUCCUAUUAGGACUACUCUUGUAUCUCUUUAUAUACCUCCUAUUUUAGAGAUCAAUAAUACAAUCGAAACAUUCCAAACA